AUUUGAGCUUUCGGGACUUCAGAGAAAACACACAUGAGAAAAGAAGUUGAAGGCAGCUCCUCCACUCUCACACUUCGCCUCAUCGCCCGCACGGCUGCUUCUGCGCACGGCCGCCGCACCACCUUCGCUGCUACAUGCUCUUCCACCAGACUGUAGCGCUCUCCUUUGGCUUCUUCUCUGGUUUUUUAAAGAAUACCUCCACAGAGUGACUAUGAAAGUUCCUUGGACUUAAUUUCUCUCUCAUUGCUGACCUCAAGCUGCUUUUGGACACUGUCAUCGCUGGGGAAUCGGCUACUUUCUACGGCGUACGCCAAACCCCGGUACCUCUAGCAGGCCCGAUGGGAUCGGAUGUGCGAGAUCUCAAUGCUCUGCUGCCAGCGGUGCCCGCCCUCCCGGGGGGUAACGGGAGCUGCACCCUACCCGUGAGCAGCGCCCCACAGUGGGCACCCGUCUUAGACUUUCAUGCCGGGUCUCCCUACAGCUCACUCUCCUCCCACUCCUUCAUCAAGCAGGAGCCAGGCUGGAACACGGCCGAGCCGCACGAGGACCCGCACUGCGGCCUCAGUGCCUUCACCGUGCACUUCUCUGGCCAGUUCACCGGGACAGGAGCCUGCCGGUACGGAGCGUUUGGUGCCCCUCCACCGGGACAGCCCACAGCCAGCCAGCCCAGGAUGUUUGCCAAUGGAGCGUACCUGCCCAACUGCAUGGAGAGCCAACCGCCAUCAAGGAACCAGGGUUACAGUACCAUGCCGUUUGACAGUGCUGCCAACUACGGCCACACACCAUCCCAUCAUGCCUCCCAGUUCCCCAACCACUCCUCCCAGUUCCCCAACCACUCUUUUAAACACGAGGACCCCAUUGCACAGCAGACCAACAUGGGUGAGCAGCAGUAUCCUGUCCCACCCCCAGUCUACGGAUGCCACAACCCAUCGGAGAGCUGCGCCGGGAGCCAAGCGCUGCUCCUGAGGAAUCCAUACAACAGUGAUAAUUUAUACCAAAUGGCGUCGCAGCUGGAAUGUGUGGCCUGGAACCCUGUCAACACCCUGGCAUCCUCCAUCAAGAGCCACGCCUCGGGAUACGAGAGUGACCCCAACACGCCCAUGGUGUACAGCUGCAGCACGCAGUACCGCAUCCACACCCAUGGUGUCUUCCGCGGCAUCCAGGACGUGCGGCGGGUGCCCGGUAUCACGCCUUCCAUCGUGAGAUCAUCGGAGACUAAUGAGAAGAGACCAUUCAUGUGUUCCUACCCUGGCUGCAACAAGAGAUACUUCAAGCUGUCCCACCUGCAGAUGCACAGCAGGAAACACACAGGUGAGAAGCCGUAUCAGUGCGACUUCACCGACUGCGGCAGACGCUUCUCCCGAUCCGACCAGCUGAAGAGGCACCAGCGGAGGCACACGGGAGUUAAACCCUUCCAGUGCGAGACGUGUCAGAGAAAGUUCUCGCGGUCUGACCACCUUAAGACCCACACCCGGACUCAUACAGGUAAAACAAGUGAGAAACCUUUCAACUGCCGGUGGCCCAACUGCCAGAAGAAAUUUGCGCGCUCGGAUGAGCUGGUACGCCAUCACAACAUGCACCAGAGGAACCUGAGCAAACUGCAGCUGGCACUGUGAGGAGGGGGACCCACCCAGCACCCACGGCUUGCCGGUGAAGGGGGGGUGUGGCUUUGUGUAUGGUGCAGUGGUGCUCAGACCUGACUGGGACCCAGGAUGCCGGGCGGCUGUCCCCAUUGGCACCAAAGUGCCCUGUUUUCUGUGCAUCCUUGCAGUGACAAAGCUUUGCAUUUUGUUUACUUACUGUUACUAUGGAAAUGCAACCUGCGAGCCCUUUUAUAUAGCUGUACGUGUGAGGAGUCUAAUACUAACUUAUUUAAUUUUCUAAAUUAAAAAUUCUGCAAAAACAGUUCACAAGGAGAACUUCUCUCAUCCUUGGGCCUCAACAUUACUUCGGGGCCAGAAUGAUUGCAUUUCCAGAUGACAAUAAUCGAUGAUGAUGACUCUAAUACCCAGCACCCUAACUUACCCCGCUGAAAUACGUCAGUGAUUUGGGGAGAGCCUCUUUCUUUGAUAAGUAAUUGUAUGAAAACUUGACAACAUUCUCUAACCGUGAAGUUUGUAAAAUAUGUGAAAGUCACACUGGAUAUGUGACUUAAAUUGUUGUGCGAAUUGUCAUUUUAUGAAGUGCUGGUCCACGGAUACCAUUUGACAAACUCCCCAUACAAAAAUAUAACUUAAAUCUUAAAUUUAUAGAGUUGAGCUAUAAAGAAUACAUUGAUAGUGUGAGAAAGAGGUAUUUUGGUUUUUAACGUGUAUUUUACAUAGGUCACUCAAAAUUAUUGUCUAUAUGUCUGAUAACACCAAUUACUAAAACGCUUUUAAUUUUAGAAGGUGUAUUAAAUGUAGAGCACAUCAAACUGUUUGUCGUUGCCCAUAAAUGUAUCCAUGCCACGGUUCUAAAUCUGUAAGCUGCGUUUGUUAUUUUUUUCACCAAGCUUUGAAUUAAAGGCCACUUUGAGGGAGCACUUUCGCGGGCAGCUGUGUGGGCUCUCCGCCGGUGUUGGAUUUCCGCCUCUGCGAGUCACUGACCAGCAAGUAACCUGCCCAGGUCUUGACCGCACUCAAUUCACCUGUCAGGAGCAGGCAGGGAAGAGGGGGGGUCACCUCAGUUAGAUUUCCUCAUAAAUAAAAUGUCUUACACUGUCUUUGUCCCUGU